AUGGACUCUCCACAAUUCCGUUUUUUAAAUAAAAAAGAAUUGUCCUACAUUUACGAAGGAAAUUCUAACAAUGUAACACUUUCAUCGCUUUUAACUCUCUCGCGUCCUUUUACAUAUUCCCAAUUAACACAAUCAGUUAAAUUCGGUUUAAAUAAAAUUCAACAAUAUUAUCCAAUGUUAAGAUCAUGUAUUACAAUAAUGAAUGGUAAAUGGUGUUUCUGCGAGAAACCAUCAUCUCGAAACGAAAUUUCAUUUAAUUGGAUAAAGAUAUCAUCUUUAAAUGAAACGAUUGCAAACACCUUAGAAAAUGUAUGUGCCCGAGAGAUGACAAAUGACUUUAUAGUCGAACAACAUCUAUGUAGAUUUAUUUUGAUUACACGUGAUACUUUAAUGCCAACUUCUCAAAACAUCGACGACCCAAAGGAGAACUCAACAACAGAGGUUGGAUUCGUAUUUUGUUUUCUACACACAGCCUUUGAUGGUAGAAAUAUAUUUACCGUCACCCGUGAUUUUAUUAAAGAAUUUGAAAAGAUUCUACUAAAUUCAUCCGAGAAUAUCGUUAGUACACAAGGAUUAAAAGAAGGUCAAGUAAAUAACUUGACUUUGCCCAAAUUUCAAACUUGUUAUUCAAAUUUCAUCUUUUUCAAAGAGGUAAUAACAUUAUUCGGUUGGUUAUUAUACAAGAGACCACGUAACCUUCCAUCUUCAUCUCGACAAAUUCAACCUCCAUUACAACCCGAGAAAAGUAAAACGAAUACGUACUUUCAUACUUUAACGAGGCAGGAAACAUCAUAUUUAAUUCAAUUUUGUAAACGACAUAAAUUUUCAGUCACAUCGUUAUUGUCAACGUGUAUUUCGGAGAUCGUCUCUGCAAAGAAUGGAGGAAACACUGUGCUGGGAGGGUUGGCGGUUGAUUUAAGACAAUUUUUAAAUAUUUCUGUUAAAAUUAACGGAGCUUUUAAUUCUUCCAUAUUAAUAAGACAUCCAAAAGUCGAAUUUUUAUUUGAAGAGAAAUUCCAUAGAUCUAAUUAUAUAAAUUAUUUGGUAAACAGAAUUAAAAUCACUAACAAUAUCAUACAACACUCGAUGAAAUCAGGUUUGAUUUUUCAUAAUUUAAAAUUUCUGAUGAAUGGACCUAUAAAAAGCAAUGAUAAUAUGAUUAAAGAAGAGGAGACCAUCAUUCCUUUAGCCUACGUAUUGUCUAAUCUCGGAAAUUGUAAUCAAAUUGUUCCUGAAAUUUUAAAGGAAGAUAUUAUUACAGAUUGGAAUAAUGUAUUUUUGUCUUCUACCGCCAAGCAAUCAAGAGGUACCAGUAUUGAAGUAACUACACUCACGUUGCAUGGUAAAUUGUACAUGUCGUUUUGUGCUUGUUCCAAAUUUAUUUCCAAUGAGGAUUUAAGAGGUUUCGCGGUUAAUGUGCUUGAUUUGAUAAAAACCAUUUGCGAGCAUACCAGCACUCUACAGGAAAAGAAUCAAUAA